CCAUUAUCAAUUGAGGAGGGAACUAUAUGUGUAUGCUGAGCGUUGCAGUCAGGACGGAAGUUUGCGGUGCACGCAAGCUGCGUUCAAGAGCCGCGAGGAUUUGACCUUUAAUUGAUGAGCAGCCGGGUCUCCGUAGCCAUAUGUUCGUAGCUGCUCCGGGUGCGUGUGUCCUGAACGCACGUUCGUGCGUAGACCCUGUGUGUGUUAACGUGUAGCUGCGGUUUAUUCAGUAGUGUGUCAUUGAAACCAGCGACAUAAAGAGAUGUGUUCAAGAUGGAGUGAAGCUUAGCGACGAGCAGCUUCCGCACAACAUGGCCUCGCAGUGACCCGUCCUGAUCAACAGUGAAAUGUCCCUGAGUAGGAUCACACGUUUCCCCUCGGCGAGGCUGCUGAGCUCCAUCCACCAGCAGCUGCUUCUCCUCCCCGUCGGCCCGCUCACUGUACCCACAAGAGCCGUGAUCCAGGGGGAGUACAGACGACCCGGGAAGCCCAAGGAAGACAAGUUUCCAUGGCAGAAGAUUAACUUUAACUUCAAGAAAGGUUUGGAGGGAAUAAAGAAGCAUUUCAUGCUGAUGAAGACUGAGUUCUCUGACCGCUGGGUCGGUCCAGAGGGCAAACCGGUUCUGGAGCACAUGCUGGAGCAGAACCGAGUGAUGUGGGAGUUCAGAGGUCCGGAGAGCCUGGAGGAGUGGAUCGUGUCCUCGGAUCACGAGAUAGGAGGCCAGAGUGAAGCCCACCUGAGGCUGGGCAAGAACAACACCUGUUUCCUGUACGGGAACCUGAGCUCCACCCCCCCGAGGGACGGAGAAACACGCUACAGUGGCUACUGCACCAUGCGCUCCAAACAACCACUGUCUUCAUUUGACAGGAAGAAGCACCACGACUGGUCCAGCUUCAACACGCUGCACCUGCGGGUACGCGGCGAUGGUCGUCCAUGGAUGAUCAACAUCGCCACAGAAACCUACUUCUCUCACCAGAGAGACGACAUAUACAGUUACUUUCUGUACACCAGAGGAGGACCCUACUGGCAGGACGUCAAGAUUCCUUUCUCCAAGUUCUUCCUGACGCAUCGUGGGAGGAUACAGGAUGAUCAGCAUCCUCUCUGGCUGGACAAGGUCAACACUGUUGGAUUUACUUUGGGAGAUAAAGCAGACGGUCCGUUCCAGCUGGAGAUCGACUUCAUCGGCGUCUGCAAAGACUACGCCCACACCGAGGAAUUUGCCUACGAAGUUUACAAGAGGAAUCCUGAAAUUUGAAACUAUAACAACUCUGGAGAUGAACUCAUUGAAUUACAGCUGAACUCUUCUAUCAACAAA